AUACUUGAAUUUGUAACAACGCUAUUGAUCGUCUCCUAUUUCAUUAUUCAUUUGAAGUGGUUAUAUACUCAAAGUGACUACCAGUAUAUCAUUUGAAAAAUAUGCAUACAUCAUUUCACGAUGAUCCCUCAACAUAUGAAAAUUUGCAACCUGAUGAACCGCAAUUGACAUCGGACGACGCAAAUGAAAGGAAAUUGGCCAGAAAAUUGCGCAUUGAAAGAAGAUGGAACGUCAUUCGGAAAUCAUGUAUGGAGGAAUCGGAGAGUUUGCACGAAGGAAAUAAAACCGCCGUCCAAUUACAAGUCCAGAAAAGUGCUGAAAUUUUAGAAAAGUUUCUCGAAGAAGCUGAGGAGUAUGUCACUAACGUUCGAGUUGCUAAUGACAGCAGAGAGGUGGAUAGAAGGGAGGUUGAAGGCAUCGGAAGAGAAAAGAUUAUAGCUCAACUGGAAGCUGAAGCAGCAGCAGCCCAUCAGGCUUUCGAAGAAAUUGCAGUGAAAUGGUCUGUGAUUCAAAAAUACAACGAUCCUUUACAUAUCAACGAAGAUAUCGCCAACCAAAAAGAAAAGUGUGAGUUUCUAAUUAAACAAAAGGACGAAAUCAUUGCUAUGCUCAGAGAGGAACUGAAGAACGCGGAAAUAAAGUUUACUAAAGACCAGAAAAAACAAUCGGAAGAUAUCAAUAUUCUGGCUCAGCGAAUAGAAAAACAGAUAACGUUCAUGAGAAAGGCCUAUCAAAACGAGUUUGAGUUAAUUGAGCAGGUAAUCCUUUCAGAGAGACAAAAUUUUAUAGAUUUGAAUAACAAAAAAUGGGAGGAACUUCAUAAGAAGAGAGAUCAACAGGAAAUUGAAAAUUCCAACAAGAAAUUUGGACAAUUGGAGGAGUUCAACAAAAACAUGUACAGACUUCGAGUAGAUUUUCAAGAGAAAUUUAGAGAAACUAAAAUUAAACUUGAAAAUGACAUAGAGAAUUUGCAAAAAGAAUUAGAAAGGAUCAAAGCUUUAGCACUGUUGAAUAGCGAAAAAUUAGAUUAUAACUAUCAAAUCCUCAAGAAAAGAGAGGAUGAAAACCUCAUAAUCAAGUCCCAACAGAAAAGAAGGAUUAACAAACUUCAGGAUGUAAAAAACGAUCUUAGGAAAAAAAUAACCGAUUACGAAACAACAGCGAAAAAUCAUGUCAAGAAAUUAUCGGACGACAUAAAGAAACUCCACAAGAGCAUAUUAGAAGUAGAAGCUAAAGCAGAUCACUUUGCCAAAGUUAAUGAUGAGAAGUUCCACCAGGUGUGGGAAAUGAACAAAAAUAAAUGUCAAGCUAUUCUAACUCGAAUUCUAGCGACUGAUAAAAUUCUUUACGAACAGCAAAUGGGAAUCGAAUGGCUUUCUCCGCCACACAGUAUAAUAAACAAGACGACCUUGAGUAGUUUCAAAGAUGCUUUAAAUGUGGUUUCAAAAACAAGUGCAAUGAGCAAUAAAUCUAGUGUUGAUCACAAAAUGAGUAAAAGGCUGGAACAUUCCGACUCUGAAACUAAAAAAGUUCAACAAAAACCAGAACAGUUGGACGCCAAUCCUAUCUACCGAAGGUUACUAAAAUAUAUACUAACCCUCGUGUCGGACAAGAGUGGGUUCUUAACAGAAAAAAGGCUGAAAAUGCUAUUGAAGUUUUACGAAGAUGAUCAGAAAACACUGGUUAGAUUGGACAAUGUCUUGAUGUCGCUUGACAUACGCAGACCAGAGGAUAUCGAUAUGCUGGUAAAAUAUUUCAUUCCUUACUGUUUUUGUUCAGUUUGCAAUAAUAAAGAUUUGGGAACCGAAUCGACCUUAUCCAGAUAUAACUCGCAAUUGUCCCACUUUUCCGUAAUCAGUCGAAAUGAAAAUCAGAGUAAUGUCGAAAUCAUUGAACUGGAAGAAGCUUUUAGUGCUAUACAACAGCCCGAUAAUGUGAUAGAAGAGGUUGUUAUGGACUUAGUCAGUUCGGAAAUAUAUUCGGAAGGACUGCACUUGGAACAAGAGUCAUUAGACAACGUAUGCGGAGGAAUUGUCUUAGAUCAAUUUUACAGCGAUCUGAAAGAAAAGCGGUUCACGAAAAAGAAAAUGAUAACAUCUGAUGACAAAGUGUUAUGUCAAUACAACCAUCCGCUGGUAAUUAGUUCUGUGUUUAUAUUGAUGGCGUUGAGAGAUUUUGUAACAGCAUACUAUACGCACAGAAAGGCCAUUCCCACGACCAGAGAGAGGCUGGAAAAAAAGAGAAAUACCAUUUCGAGGUUGCUAACUGAUGCAGAUAUUCGACUUUAUUGGGAUAAAUAUAAAACAGUUUACAACGAAGAGCGAAUUAGAGUUUGGGAAGCAUUACUCGAAGGACUGAAAAAUUACCACGAAAUAUUGAAGGAUCGUAAGACAUUGUCAGAGGAAGUGGUUGUUUUGCGAAGGCAAAAUGUGGAUUUGAAAAGACUUCUUGCUAAUUACAUAGAUCACGGAGAGUUUAUGAAUCCACCUUGUGCUAUGGAGAGGAAUGAACAUUUGCACACACUACCUCCACCUUAUACAAAUUUCAAAGGGAAAUAAAAGCAUUUGUAAAAACGUU